AUGUCGCUAGAUACAAAACUAAGCAAAUGGAUAUUACAAUUUCAUGUUUCUCACAGUUGUGUGAAUGCUCUGUUAUUAAUAUUAAUAUCAGAAGGACAUGAUCUACCUAGGACUACACGUACUUUACUAAAAACACCAAAAGCUAAGGAUCAUAGUAUCAUAAAUAUACAUCCUGGAUCUUAUAUUCAUCUUGGUGUAGAAUAUAUGAUUACUAAGUUCUUAACAGUACAUAUAGACUUGUUUGAUAAUGAAACCGUAAUUGAACUAGGAAUGAAUGUGGAUGGAUUACCUAUUACAUCUAGUUCUAAGUCAUGUCUCUGGCCCAUUCUCAUUUCUUUUGUAAAUAUAAAAUGUUUAUUAAACACUGUAAUCCCAGUAGGACUAUACCAUGAAAAAGUUUUGAGGUUUAAGAUUGUGCAAAUUGUAUGUGAUGCCCCAGCAAAGUCAUUCAUUUUAAAUGUAAAAGGCCAUAACGCGUAUCAUGGGUGCAACUCUUGCACUGUCGAGGGAGAUUUCAUAAGAAAACGAAUGGCUUAUUUAGAUUUAAAUGCUCCUUUAAGAACAGAUGGCUCAUUCCGUGAAAAAAAAGAUGAGUUUUACCAUAAAGAUGAAAGUCCUCUAGAAGAAUUGCCGAUUGAUAUGUCAUCUGCAGUUGUUUUAGAGUACAUGCACAAUAUUUGCUUAGGUGUCAUGAAAAGGUUGAUAAUAUUUUGGAUAAAAGGUAAAAAACCAGUACGCCUUGAAAACUCUGAAACCAUUUCCGAAGAAUUAAAUAAUAUGAAGACUUUUUUACCAACUGAAUUUAAUCGUUUGCCAAGGUCUUUAGAAGAGUGUGAAUACUGGAAAGCUACUGAAUUUAGAACUUUUCUCAUUUACACAGGGCCAAUUGUCUUAAAAGGAAGAUUGAAAAACAGUCUGUAUAAACAUUUUAUGAUUUUAAGUUGUGCCAUCAGAUUAUUAAUUUCUCCUAAAACAUCUUAUACUUAUAAUAAUGUUGCUAAAAUGUUAAUUAAACAAUUUGUUAGUGAAUAUUCUACACACUAUGGAGAAGAAUAUGUAGGCUAUAACGUACAUGGGUUAAUUUAUGUUGCUGAUUUCGUAUUGAUGCAUGGGAGUUUAGAUACAUUUUCUGCAUUCAAAUAUGAAAACUAUUUACAGUUUUUGAAAAAGAGUUGUAAAAACUCUAGGUAUCCACUUGAAGACACUUAUAACCGUAUAAUGGAACACGUUAAUAUUGAUAUUUCUUCUGUUGCACCCAACUACCCAAUUCUCAGAAAUGAA